UUGAUAUUCAAAAUCUCCAAUGAAGCUUGAGAAGAGAUUCUUCUUUGCAACAGCAGCUCACAGCCUUUGUUUAUUUGUUGCCCGCAGGCACGACCAUGCACGAUCAACCAAAAAUUCCAAGCACUUUCUUCCCAGCACACUCCAACCUCCUCCCAAUCUUCACCACCACCAUUGUCCCAUAACAAACAUCAAAAUCAAACCAUAAAAUAAAAAAACACAACAACCAAAUCAACACCCAAUAAUUUACACUUGUUUAUAACUAGUGUUCCCAAUUCCCUGCACUUCCAAGUUCCAAAAGUCCAUGAUCAUCACCAAAUCAACACACAACAAAACAAUUUAAUGCCAUUUGUGUUGAGCUGAGCUGAGCUGGUCACAUCACACUAACAUUAGUAGUAUUAAAUGCAGCAACUAAUGCCCCCACCCACCCUUUUCCCCUAAGAAAAACCCUCCAUUCUCCUUCCACAAAUGGGUUAUUCCCCUUUUCAUCCCUCUCCUUCUUCUCCUCCAUGUCCUCUCCUCCUUACCCUUACAGUUACUCUUCACCACCACCACCACCACCCACUUCCCCUUACCUCACCAACCUCGGCUUCGGCUACUCAAUCGCCAUCGCCCUCGGCUUCCUCUUCCUCCUCUCAACCCUCAUCCUCUCUUCCUACCUCUGCUGCCGUGCUCUCCGCCACAACCGCCGCCGCGCCCCCGACGGCGUUGUUCUGCCGCGCAUCAUCUUCGUCGCCGAGGACGGCGACGAGGAGGAGGGGCCGCGCGUGUCGGGUCUGGACCCGAACGUGAUCAACUCGUACCCGAGGUUCCAGUACGCGGCGGCGGAACGCGGCCACGGCGAAACCACGUGCUCGAUCUGCCUCUGCGAGUUUAAGGAAGCGGAGAUGCUGAGGAUGAUGCCGGAGUGCCGCCACCAUUUUCACCUCUGUUGCCUUGACUCGUGGCUGAAGCUUAAUGGGUCUUGCCCUGUUUGCCGGAACUCGCCGAUGCCGACGCCGUUGUCGACGCCGCUGCAGGAAGUGGUGCCGCUCUCUCAGUACGCCGCUGAUAGGAGGACAAUUAGCAUGUAGUGGUGCCAGCUCGUUCUUAAAACAGUGGCAUGGUUCUUUCAAUCUUGCACUCACUGAUUAUUGCAAAACAUGAACACUAUGUGCAAGCCUUGUUGGACCCGGUCUUUAGAGCCUUAUGUUAGUCAAUUCCUCUCUAUCCUCAGUUGCAUUCUAUAGCUUCCUGCUAUAUUCUAUUCCCAGUUGCUCAUUAUUGCCCUUAUGGCUUA